CGUACGAUUAUGGCACCUACUGCGUGUGUAUCGCCUUCUGAAGUGCGCUCUGUCAUCAAGAACGACUUCAUUAGCCAUGACCAUUUUGGUCUGAUCGCCAACCAUGGCGAGGAUGAGAUGUUGCAAUCUCGGUUGAUGGCCAAGGAACUUGUCCUGAAUGUCCUUAAGAAGCGCGCCGCUGAUGUGGAUUUGGACCACUGCGGUGCUGGAGAGGAGGAUCCAUUUUAUGUAGCGGAUAUGGGUGAGGUAUACCGCCAGCAUAUGCGCUGGAAGUUGAACUUGAGCCGUGUCAAGCCUUUCUAUGCUGUCAAAUGUAACCCGGACCCUGAGGUUCUUCGACUCAUGGCCCAGUUGGGCAAUGGAUUCGAUUGCGCCUCCAAAUCGGAAAUUGAUCUCGCCCUUCGGACGGGCAUUGAUCCAAGCCGGAUCAUAUACGCGCAGCCCUGCAAGACCAAAUCUUACCUCCGCUACGCCAGGGAGGCUGGAGUGAAGCAAAUGACCUUUGACAACGUCGAUGAGCUUUACAAGAUCAAGGCCACCUUUCCUGAGGCAGAGCUCUACCUCCGCAUUCUGACUGACGACUCAACCAGCCUGUGCCGACUGAGCAUGAAGUUUGGUGCGUCUAUAGACGUUGCUCAGCAGCUUCUUCAGUUGGCCAGGGAUCUCGAGUUGAAGGUUGUCGGUGUGAGUUUCCACGUCGGCUCAGGUGCCGAAGACGCUAGUGCUUUCUUGACAGCGGUCCAGGACGCGCGCUUGGUGUUCGAUCAGGCUGCUGAAAUUGGCCACGACAUACACACUCUCGAUGUCGGCGGUGGCUUCUGCCAGGAUACCUUUGAGAAGUUCUCUGCCAUCCUGAGCGACGCUCUGGAAACCUACUUCCCGCCACACAUUCGUAUCAUUGCCGAGCCCGGCCGUUACUACGUUGCCAACGCCUUCACUCUCGCAGCCAAUGUGAUUGCGCGUCGUGACAUUCCUGAUCCGCAGGACCCUUCGCGCGAUGCGUACAUGCUCUACCUCAAUGAUGGUGUGUAUGGCAACUUUUCAAACAUCAUUUUCGAUCACCAGCACCCCGUUGCCCAGAUCCUUCUCUCGGCAAGCGACAGCCAGCCUGGCACUCCGAAUUCUGCGACUUCGGAGCCCAUCCCGUACUCAAUCUGGGGUCCCACCUGCGAUGGUAUUGAUAUUAUCACCGAGCGCAUUAACCUGCCUGGUCUGCUGGACAUUGGUGAUUGGCUCUUCUUCGAGGAGAUGGGUGCCUAUACCAAGUGCAGUGCCACUGCCUUCAAUGGUUUCUCUGACAACCAUGAGGUGAUCUACAUCUCGAGUGAGACUGGUGCUUCUGCCCUGCUGAACUACUAG